AUGGCGGCCAAAGUGAAGCCAUCUCGGUUGGAAGCAGAGAUAGAGAAAUGUAGGGCCGAAUGUUGCUGGCAGAGGGCACUAGAGUUUGCCAGACAGCUUGUACACAAAUCUCCAGGACUGGAAUAUUUGGUAGAUUUUAUUCUUGGAGAAUGCAAACUUGAAGAAUAUCUUGAAAAUUAUGCUCCUUGUGAAAAGAAUAUUAACAAAGCUAUCAGCGAAUUAUCUGAGGCUGAGUCUUCUCUCACUCGUGUUGCAAUUGGAGAGAACAGGUUUAAAUUUGAUGCACAACUGUUACUGGUAAAAAUUAAUUACUGCAGAGGUAAUUACACUGGUGCCUAUGCCCUUUUAGAUAAAGCUGGUAUUGAUCAGGUCACAGUCAUAUCACCGUCAAUUCGUUUUUUGCGCAUCCUUGCUGAAGGAUAUGCUAUUAAAGGUCUCUGUUUGGAGCGAAUGCCUCCAGCCACAACUAGCAAGUACAAAGCAGCUGAAAAAGAAGAAAAGAUUAUUUAUUACUUUGAAAAAGCUGGAGACUUAGCUUUACUUCAUCUACAAGAACAGGAAAGAAGCCAAAUCAGUGGACAAAUGGCUGUUGGACAACUUCCCAUUUCUCCAGUGAACUCAAAUGAUGUUGGACUCAUUCUUGAAACUGCUAUUCAACAGGCACCAAUUUUACAUAUCAAAAAUGGGAAACUUGCUUGUGGAAUUAGCAGGUUCCGGGAAUUAUUACGAGCUGUAGAAUCCCGAUUUACACAAAGUUUAAGACAGAUAUUGGCUCGUCAACUAGCAGAAGUCUUAUUGCGUGGUGUGUGUGAAAAGACUUACAUUAAACUGGAUGUAACUCAAGGAAGUGGAGAAUCUGAUAUUCAGAAUACCAAUAAUGCAGUACCAAGGAAAUAUGCAGGAGAUAAGUUAUUCAUGCCAGUUAAUGAACAUGAAGAAGCUCUGUUAUUGCUUUUAAUAGCUGAAGCCAUUGCAACCAGUAAUGUUGUUCUUAAUCGAUCUGCUGAACAUUCUGAAUUCCGUCAACUAACAUUUAAAAAUGUUAGUACAGUUUAUGAUUUAUUAGCAAUUGCUCUGGUUAAGAGAGCUCACUUCCCAUUGUUAGCAGAGAGUUAUGAGAGAGCAAUGCGGUUUUCUUUUGAUGAAUUUCAUAUUUGGUAUCAAUUUGCAAAUUCCCUAAUAUGCACUGGAAAAUAUAGUCGAGCAGUUUUAGUACUUAAUGAAUGUGCAAGGCAGCAACCAAAGAACCCAGCGUUAUUGUUACAGGCUGCUCGUAUUUGCAUAGAAUACUUGUAUCAGUAUAAUGACGGGAUCCAGUUUGUGCAGAGGGCAAUAAACAUUGGUGGAGAUCAUCCUCUAAAGUCCCGCCUGUAUGUUGUCCUGGGGGUUGGAUAUAGCAUGAAAGCAAAUGACAUGAAAAUGCAAGAAGAAAGGCAGAAACAAAACAGCAAUGCAUUAAAUGCCUUUUAUAAAGCGUAUCAAUUAGAUGCUAAUGAUUACCUGGCUAAUUUCCAUCUUGCUCUACAGUUGGCCAUCCAGAGACAGAUUCCUGAAGCAGUACAAUUUGUACGCAAUGCUCUGAAACAGUGCAGUGAUCAUAUUCACUCAUUGCAUCUACUUGUAUUGUUAUUGUCUGCACAAAAACAUUAUGAAGAAGCAGUGGCAUUUCUGGAAACAGCUCUCCAAGAAUAUCCAGAAAAUAUAAGUUUACUGCUCACUAAAGCUAGAUUAGAAGAAGUUUGUCUGGGUCCUGAAGAGGCAUUAAUCACAUGCAAACAUAUGUUGAAAUUAUGGAAGGAUUUACAUGAAAUUCACCAAGAUGACUUUGAUUCUCAUUCACGUGGACAUGUUGAUAGAGCCACAUUUGACAAGAGGAGUAUGGCACAGAUGCAGUUGAAUGAAAUUAGUGAUCGUGACUCAGGUUCAAUCCGGGCUGAAUCGAUUGCAGCGUCUCGUGUGGAACAUGCACUGUCUGAAGUAGCAUCUUCUAUGAACAGUACUUAUUUACCAAAACAGGGAUCACAACAGAUAUGGAUGUUGCAAGCACAAAUCUGGUUACACUUAGCUGAACUUUAUCUUAGCUUAGACAGGAGUUAUGAAGCUGAAGCUUGUGUCCAUGAAACCUCUGCAAUAUUUCCAUUAUCUUAUCAAGUAGCUUUUAUGAAAGGACGUGUUCAUGAACAUAAGAAGAGAUACCAUGAGGCUAAAGUAUGCUUUGAAAAUGCAAUAUCUAUAAAUCCAGGUCAUGUAAAAAGUUUGGAACAUUUAGGAAAUGUAUUACAUAAUUUAGGAAAUGAUCGAAUGGCUGAGAAGGUAUUAAGGGAAGCUGUCAAUGCUGAUACAAAGUCUCACCAGUCCUGGUACUGUCUAGGCAAAGUGCUCCAUUGUCUUGGUCAAUAUGAAGCCGCUAGUGAUUGCAUACAGUUUGCAAUGGAUCUGGAAGCCAAUAGCCCAAUCAUUCCAUUUACUGUCAUUCCACGCCUACUACACUGA